AUGACUUCGGAUAUUACCCUUUACUCUUGGCCUACCCCCAACGGUGUCAAGGCUUCCAUCACUCUGGAGGAGUUGGGACUUUCUUACAAGACUGAGCCAAUCAACAUUAGCACUAACCUUCAGAAAGAGGAGUGGUUCCUUAAGAUCAACCCUAAUGGGCGCAUUCCGGCCAUCAAGGAUGGCGAACAGCGUGUCUUUGAAAGUGGGGCCAUCAUGCUCUACUUGACUGAUAAGUACGAUACCGAACACAAAAUCAGCUACCCUCAUGGUACUCCCGAAUACUACGAAGAGCUCGCCUGGCUCAUGUUCCAAAUGGGGGGAGUAGGACCUAUGCAGGGCCAAGCCAACCACUUCCGUCUCUUCGCCAAUGUUCGCUCUGACUACGGUAUCAAGCGCUACAUUGACGAGACCAAGCGCCUCUACUCUGUCCUUGACUCCCGUCUGAAGGAGAGCCCUUACUUGGCCGGACCCAAGUACACCAUCGCCGAUAUUGCUAAUUACUCUUGGGUGCGCAGUGGACCUGGUCUUGAGAUUGACCUCGGUGAAUUCCCUGCUUUGAAAAAGUGGAAGGAGGAGAUUGAUGAGCGUGAGGCUGUUAAGAAGGGCCUUAAUGUGCCCAAGCGUGAUACCACUCCUGAGCAAAUAGCAGCUUUCUUUAAGAGUGCUCGUGAGAAGAUUGAUGCUAUGACUAACACUGAUAAGCACUAA